AUGGGUUUGGCACCUGCAUUGGCCCCGUGGACUUCACAUCUCAUACAUAGCACCGCCGUCGUUCUACCAGUGCGUGCUGCUCGCAAUCAGCUGGGAGGAAGCAAGCCGCACGGUCGGGGUCAAGUAAUGCCUACACAGUCUUCAGCUUCAGUCGCAGCGACCCAGAACGUAGAGAUAGCGCUCAGCCAAGAUCAUCUAGCUAGCGAUGGCCAGGCUGUCGCCAAUGUACUGGCACCAGCUGCAGGAAUGCAAGUGACAGCUGGGUCUGGUUCUGGUCCAACACUCAAUCCCCGGCAGCGUCGCAAAGUGAAGACAAGAAAACGACUCGCUGCUAAUCGAGCCAAGGCUAAAAACAUCGCCGACGACAAUGUUCUACUAGAUGGCGAAGCACCUGUGGGUGACGACGCUGACGAAAACGCAGGCAACCGGGAGGAGUCCGAUGCUCGAGAUGACGCCAAUGAUGCAACCGAUGAAGAAACUCCGAAGAGUCCUGACGGAAAUGCUGCUGGCGAUGCAACUGAGAUCGACCAGCUCCAGGAUGGUGUCCCUCGUUCCGUUAUGCAGCAUGCAGCGGAAAUGGUCAGUUACUUCUUCAACACCUAUGUCAUUGGCCCACUGACCAGAUUGCUUCGGGCUGGAGGAACGCGUAAUUGA